UCCUUGGCGUGUGUGUGUGUGUGGUGUAUGUGUGUGUUGUGUGUGUAGAGUUGUUGGGGAGGGGGAGAGGGAUGAGGUCAUCCUCUUUCCCGGCGUCAGUCAGCUGGGUGGCGGCGGCGGCGGCGGAGGCAAGGCAGCAGCAGCAUCGGAGGCGGCGGCGGGGCGGUCCAGGCCGAGGAGUAGGAGGAGGAGGAGGAGGUGGCGGCGGGGAGGAGGAUGCUCUGGGCUGGGGACCGCUCCCCUCCAGGCUGCUCCGGCCCGGGGCUGGUGGGCGGCUGAGCCGGUCAGGGCCAGGGAAGGGAAAAGGGAAAGGGAAAGGAAGGGGCCGGAGGAAGAAGGCGGCUGCUGGUGCUGCUUCCCCGGGGCUUGGACCCGCAUGAUGGCCGCGAAGUCGGACGGGGGCCGCCUGAAGAUGAAGAAGGGCAGCGAGGUGGCCUUCACGCCGCUGCAGAACUCGGAGCAUUCGGGCUCUGUGCAGGCGCUGCCUUCCUCGGCGGCCGGAGGGACCGAGGAGGACCAGGCGCCCGGAGGCGGCGGCGGCGGCGGCGGAGGAGGAGGAGAGGGAUGCUGUAGCGGAGGAGGCUCCCGGUGCUGCUCCUGCUGCUGCUGCUGCGGAGGGGGUAGUGGCGACGGGGGCGGCCUGGGUCGGGCUCCCCGGGGCUCCGGCGGCGGCUCCUCGUCCCUCUGCCUCCGCCUGGGCCGGGAGCAGCGCCUCUACUCGCUCUGGGACGGACUCUGGAUCCUGGCCGCCGUGGCCGUCUACUUCGCCGACGUGGGCACCGACCUCUGGCUGGCCGUGGACUACUACCUGCGGGGCCAGCGCUGGUGGUUCGGCCUCACCCUCUUCUUCGUCCUCCUGGGCUCCCUCUCCGUCCAGGUCUUCAGCUUCCGAUGGUUCGUCCACGACUUCGGCGCCGGCGAGGAGGGAGGGCUGCUGGCGGCGGGGUCCGGGUCCUCCUCCUCCGGGGCCCACGGCGGGGAGAGCAAGCUCCUGGUCAGCAGCAGCAGCACCGGAGAGAUGGAGGCCCGGGCGGGGACGCCGCAGAGGCAGGCAUCCAACGCCAGCAAGGCCGGCAACGCCAACAGCAACAGCACCACCGCCACCAACAACACCCACAACAACCCCGGCGGAGGAGGAGGGGGGAGGGCGCCCCCUUCCAAGGGCCGGUCCUCCUCCUGCGCCUUCUGCAUCUGGCUCCUCCAGAGCCUCAUCCACAUCCUCCAGCUGGGACAGAUCUGGAGGUAUUUCCAUACUAUAUACUUGGGCAUUCGGAGUAGGAGGAGUGGAGAUAAUGACAGAUGGCGCUUUUAUUGGAAAAUGGUCUAUGAGUAUGCAGAUGUGAGUAUGCUGCAUUUGCUUGCUACAUUUCUGGAAAGUGCCCCACAACUGGUCUUGCAGCUCUGCAUUGUUGUACAGACACGUACUCUUCAGGCCCUCCAAGGCCUUACUGCUGCUGCAUCUCUUGUGUCUUUGGCAUGGGCUUUGGCUUCAUAUCAAAAAGCUCUUCGUGAUUCCCGUGAUGACAAGAAACCAAUCAGUUAUAUGGCUGUAAUAAUUCAGUUCUGCUGGCAUUUCUUCACAAUUGCAGCCAGGGUGAUUACUUUUGCUCUCUUUGCCUCUGUUUUCCAACUCUACUUUGGGAUUUUCAUAGUUCUGCACUGGUGUAUCAUGACCUUCUGGAUUGUCCAUUGUGAGACAGAGUUCUGCAUCACUAAAUGGGAAGAAAUUGUCUUCGACAUGGUUGUUGGGAUAAUUUAUAUCUUCAGUUGGUUCAACGUCAAGGAGGGGAGGACACGCUGUAGGCUUUUCAUUUACUAUUUUGUCGUCCUUUUGGAAAACACUGCCUUGAGUGCCCUUUGGUACCUGUACAAGGCUCCUAUGAUUUCUGAUGCAUUUGCCAUACCGGCACUAUGUGUAGUGUUCAGCAGCUUUUUAACUGGCAUUGUUUUUAUGCUGAUGUACUAUGCCUUCUUUCACCCCAAUGGACCAAGGUUUGGGCAGUCACCAAGCUGUGCUUGUGAGGACUCUGUAGCUGCCUUUACUCUUCCUCCAGAAGUAGCAUCAAGUACUUUAAGGUCUAUUUCUAAUAACCGGAGUGUCACAAGUGAGCGGGAUCAGAAAUUUGCAGAGAGAGAUGGGUGUGUGCCUGUCUUUCAAGUGAGACCAACUGCACCUUCUACCCCUUCAUCCCGGCCUCCAAGGAUUGAAGAAUCUGUUAUUAAAAUUGAUUUGUUCAGGAACAGGUAUCCAGCAUGGGAAAGACAUGUAUUGGACAGGAGCCUAAGAAAGGCCAUUUUAGCUUUUGAAUGUUCUCCUGCUCCUCCACGGCUACAAUAUAAAGAUGAUGCCCUUAUACAGGAGCGGUUGGAAUAUGAAACAACACUAUAAAUAUUUUUUUAAUAAACAAUGCAGCGGCUAUGAUACCUCCAAAUAAAAGGGUGGUGAAAGGGCCGUGGCAAUAACUUAAACUUCAUUCUACAACAGAGCAGCAAACAAUAGCAGUAUCUUUAGUCUGGCUACCAUCAUGAUUAUCAUUUGAUCCACUGUUCCACAGUCUGUCUGCAAUACACCUAGAAAGCAGCAGCAUCCAAGAACCUCAAAGAAUCAGUUGUUUUGACUGAGAAAUAGACCUAGUCCAAUAACUUCCUAUUUCUUGCACAGUGCACUGUAUAGGCUUUUAGAAUAAAGGAGGAGAGGUUGAAUGAAUGACAUCAACUACCAGUUAGUGCUUUUAUUAUUGUUGUUUUAGGGAAACUUCAAUUAUUGAUGUUUGCAUUUACAGAAUGAAGAAUUUGCAAAAUGAAGAAACCAUUUAGAAAACUUAUUUUGUAAAAGGCAAUAUUACUGUUAUGUAAACUCUAGUUUCUAUAAAAGAAAUUAUAUCAUCCUCCAGUCUUAAAUAGGCAAAUCAUAAAAUAUUUACAAAAGAGUUAUAAUUUUAAAAAGACAAUAAGGUUUUUUUUUCCUACUCUAGAACUAAAUUAAAUUCUAAUUGAGGGAAUUAUAUGUGUUGUAAUCAAAGGAGCUAUUCAAAUUUUUGCUUUUUUAAAAAACAGAAAUUAAUAUUAUAUGUACAACUUCAGGGGUUUGUUUUUUUUAAAGGAAAUUCUAUGCAGAUGACCCCACCCCCCCCCCCGGUUCUCAGCAAGACUAGAAGCUCUAGCAUAUAGCAAUGUACAUUAAAUGAUAAUCAUGAUUAAGUUUUCAAUUGCAAAAAGAAAGUGAGAGUGAGAAAGAGAUAAAAAUAAGGUAACACUCCACAUUCUGAACCUUUUAUGGACCAUGUUCAAAACAGCAUCAAGAAAUGAAUUGUCUUUUUCCUCCCCUUCCCACCACAGGAUAUGAGAUGCAUGGGUGUGUGUGUGUGUGUGUGUGUGUGUGUAUGAGAACAGAGAUGUGAUAACCAACCACAAUAUAUCACACCUUUCCAGUGCCAAACAUUGUUUAACUGCAAAUUUGAUAUUGUUUGACGGACAGAAUAUGUGUAACACAAGAAGCAAGAAGCUGAGAUCAAGCUUACUUUCUUAAUUUACAGACAGCACUCUUUGGUCCUGCCUAAAGUGAAAACCAGUCUCCUGUGUGUAAGUAUAUAAGGUAAACAUAAUAAACCAAGCUGUGUACAAGGUGUUCUUGAACUGGCCAAAAUCUGUUUCACUGCAUUCAGAUGCAAUGCUCAACCACGUUUUAGUAUUACACAAAUGAACUUAAGCAAAUUUGUGUACUACCCCAUCUUCCAGAAUGGCCAUGAGAUUGGAUGUUUCAAAGUGCAUUUUAGAUAAACUGAAGUUUAUCAUGUUGUCUGAACUCUUAACUAAACAUUUUCUGAUUAUUUGAAUUAUGUCAUUUUCAGACACUAAAAAUGACUUUUUAAAACUAACCAUAUUAAGAGUAACAGCAGCUAAUCUGGAUUUAACUGACAUGGCAAGAUGAGGUAGUCUUAAAAGAAAAAUAAGCAUUACUUGACUUUGCGCUAAGGAGAUGGGGUGGUGCCAAAGUCAUAGGUUUACUGUGACUCAUUUGUGCAGUGCUAAACUGUGGCUUAGAGAUAUUUAUACAGGAGUGGCUUUGCUUACAAAAUAAAAUACCUCCCUUGGUAAAGCUAAUUGUAUAUUUCUUUAUGUUAAAAGUAUCCCUUGAUGGUGCUUUCAGUUGCAUUAAAGGUGCGAAUCAAAAUUUGAUAGUAUUUUUUUAAAAACAAAACCUGGUGCAAACUAGAAUAACUCAUGGAGUGUGUCAAUACUUUUGUAAAGCAAAAACACAACACACAAAAGUGUUACUUUUUAUAGACUUUCAAUCUUUUCUCAUGUAUCUCAUUCUCUUUAAUAACUUACAAAUUUAAAGAUUGGUCCACAGUUAUAUGAGCUGAUUCUUUGUAUAUUAAUAUGACCAUGCAAUCUUGAUGUCGUAUUAAUUUGUUUUGCAAUAUAUUGCCAUAUGAAAGCUUCCAUGGGUACUUUUAGACUAUUGUGAAAACAGUGAAACCUUCAAUGCUUCAAAUUCAGUUUAAUGUGUAUAUUGGGUAGAAUAGUGAGAUCCUGUUUUCCUAGGGGUCUUUGAGAGAUGCAUAAAUUUUACCAUGAUGAGCAUAAUAAACAAGAGAUAUGAAGACCAGUUAUUUAAAUACCAUGAGAUUUCACACAUACUUGGUGUAAUCAUGGUUUGCUAUAUCCGUAUUCCAGGAAGUAGCAAGCCACAAUCUCCAGAUGUACCUGCACAGCUCUAGAACCUUUAAAUUAUUGUUUGUUUCAAAGAAAUAAUCACCCAAAUGUAUUAUUAUCAUUUUAUUCACCAGCAGAGACAUCUCUUUCAAUGUACCCCUAGUAAUUCUGGUUAUAAUUAUGUCCUCAUUGCAAUGGAAUAUAACCAACCAUAAUAUGAAAACUGUGUGUAAACAAAGCAAACCUAAUGAAAUUGUUUCCUCUGAAAGAAUUUUGAAUGUCUUUACUUCUUCAGCUGAGUGUGUAAUGUCUAAAAAAUUGCCAGUGUCUAGAAAUUUGCCAUCACUGAACUCAAACCAGCCUAAUCAAAGUUUGAACCACGUGCUUACAUGUGAGAUGAUUACUGGCCUGACUCUAAGAUCAGAUGUGCCAACAAAGAAGCUCUCUAGGAUAUGGCAUGUUGAAAGAGCUUUCCAACACUAAAUCUGACAGGUCUUGGACCAAGAUUAUGACAGUAUUCCAGCAGAUAUGAAGUUUAAUUUAUGGAUAAAGCAGAAAGCCAAUUUAUUACAGGAAAAGAGAGAUAAUGGUUUCAUAUGUUAUGAUUUUAUCCAAAUAAAGUCAUAUUUUAGUCUCAUGUAAAUCAAGGGAGACAACUUAGCCAAUACUAGUUUAAGCCUUACUCAGUUUAGUUAGGCUAAGGCUACAAUCCUGUACCUACAUAAUAAGUUAGACGCACUGAACCCAAAAGAACCUCUGCAAAGACAAGUAUAGGCUUACACUGCUAUGCACGACUGUCAUUUGAGGUCCUAUUAAAUUAUUAAACUAUAAGCUACAAUGGAGAUAUAGGGUUAACUACAUCCAAACAAGGAGGAACUGUUGUGUGUGCUGCUGAUGGGAAAAAAAUCUUUUUCUGUUACAGCAUUUGUAACACAAAAUGAUAUGAUAAUAUUUUCUCAUCCAUAAGAAUUUGUGUAUCAUGUUUCUUUGAAUGUUCAAAACAUCUUACUCUGCAAAAUACUGGAAAUAAAAUCUCAGUAAAAGGUGUGAAUUAUAAAUCAACACUAAAUACUUAGAGCAUUCAUUAAAUAAUCCAUGAGUAUAGUUUCCAAGGUACACAAGUGUUAAGGCAGCAGCUAUAGCUAGCAUGUGUAAUAUAUGUUAAUGAUGUUGAAAUAUCCUGAGUAAUCUUGCAAGAAGUGGCUGUUCUCUUUCCAAAUCUAGUUCAGCAAGUUACUAUUCAUUCUCCCCCCCCCUCAAAUUUUUCCCCAAGUUCACACCUAGUUACACCACUGUAGUAAUAGCCUGUUUAAUUCUAAGUUGGACAGAAUGGGAGGAACAGAUAUGAAGUUUUAUGCCAGGAAGGCAGGUCUCUCCACUGAUAUCUGUACCAGAGUAAUCCAGUGGUGUCCUAAAGAAUAAGAGCACUUGUAAUGUUGCUGGUUUCUGCUCCGACUGCAAGUGAGAAGGGGGCAUAUCAAUCUGUUAAUUCUGUGGCUGCUGUGUUAUGUGAAUGCUUUGCUUCACAAAGGGGAAAAUGUUUUCUGGAGAGACUUUAUGUACAGAAUACAAAAACUUUAAUAGGGAAAAAUGUUCCCGGCCUUCAUUUUAGUGGUACACAAGAACUCUCAUGGAGAUUGGUGAUUUUCAGUAGGCUAUUAUCUUGGGCAUGAAAUCGUAUUAGUAAUCCCAACCAAACUGGACCCAUUGAAUUAAUGUCAUGUACAGCUGUACUGAUCCAUUAUUCAGCAAUUGAUUCAAUUGAGCCAUUAUAAUUGGGAGUACAAAUAGGUUCCAACCUCUCUAUGAGAAACUUUGGGAUUUAUCACACAGGGGAAAAUUGGAAGUUUAAAAUGGUAAGAACCUGUUAUUAACACACAAUUUUGCAAAUGGUUUUCACAAGCAAAGCACUGUUAUCCCAUGCAUAAUCUGAAAUUAAUCUGCACUUGUGCGAAAUGUGUGAACGUUUUUCACACAGUGGGACCAAAUGUGCCACCAUCCCAAUAAAGAUUAAAGCACAUGCAUCCUGCAAAAGCAAGGAAAUGCACAAAUGAUUUUCACACGUAGUUCAUGACAAA